AUGACCGCGACGAUGACCGUACCGCCGCGGGCCUCCGGCGCCUCUGCCGUUCAAGCCGACGAGGCGGAACCCAUGGACGUCGAGUGCAGUGUGCCCCCGAGGCUUUCCGAGGAGGACUACGCGCGCGAGAUCAUCCUGGCGGCGUAUCACCGGGACGCCGCGCGAGUCGCGUCCGUUUUGCGCCUGUGCGGGCCCAAGGCGACCGCCGAGAUGUCCUUGUCGCGCGCCGCGGCGGUGCAGCUGCUCGGGGAGGACGUCUACCUCGGCAGCCACAGUUGGAGCACCCAGGAGGGGUUCCCGGUGAUGUACUUCGCAGCCAAGUGGGGCGGCGCGGAGGUGACGAGGGUGCUGCUCGAAUCCGGAGCUCGCGUCGCGCAGUCCACCACGCUCGGAGUGCAGCCGCUGCACAUGGCGGCGCAGGAGGGCCAGGUUGGGGUUGCGCGGCUGCUCCUUCAGCACGGCGCACCCGCCGGGGCGACGGACCGCGCCGGAUGGUCCGCGUUUCACUACGCCGCGAACCACCGCUGGGCCACGUGGGUCGGCGACGUGUCGGGGCAGCUGGAAGUUUUGGAGCUGCUCGCCGCCGCGGGCGCGGACGUCAACGCGGGUGACAGCGAGGGGUACACGUGCGCGCACAGCGCGGCGCAGUCGGGCAAGACGGAGAUAUUGCGUUUACUCAAACGGCUCGGCGCGUCGCCGGACGCCAAGACGGCUCGCGGGGUGAUGCCGGUGCACGUCGCCGCGGAGGGGGGCCGAGCGGACGCGGUUGACGAACUCGUGCGAUGGUCACCUGGCGCGCUGGACGCGGAGGACUUUCGCGGGCACCAGCCCAUCCACCACGCCGCGUACCACGGCCACGUCGACGUGGUGGAGGUGCUCCUGCGACACGGCGCGGAGGUUCAGCCGGGGAGACGGAAGAAGCGCGCCAACCCCGAGGGUGGCGCCCCCGGCGACGUCGAUCACGAUGAAGGUUCGCCGUCGGGAUCAAACCGCGACAAAGAGAGGCACGGCACCACGCCGCUGCACCUCGCCGUGCGCAGCGGGUCCGUCGGCGUCGUCGCGGCGUUGCUCGCCGGCGGCGCGGACCCGCGCAGGCGCGACUCGCACGGCUGGACCCCGCGAGGGUUGCUGCAGGAGUGCGCCGCUCGCAAGGCUCCGGGGUCCCCCGCCACGCCUGUGAACGCGAUGCGCGACGACGACAGGGCUCGCGAGUACGCCGCCAUGGACGCGGUGCUUCGACGCGCGGAGAUGGGCGUGCCCCUCGUGUGGUCCAGGGCGGCGCACGGGUUCUACCCGCGCGAGUUCAAGCGCUUGACGCGCGAACUCGUCCUCGCCGCCGGGGUUCCCAUGGGACGCGCCGACGUCCCCACGCUCGCGGCGGAUACCGUAAUCGACGCGUGCGUCAGGGACGCGGCGCGAGGGGUGUGGCCGGAGGUGACCGAGCGCAACCUCUGGGACGUCGUGGAGCGCGUGAGGUGCACCGCGGAGGCGCGGUGGGCGGAGUCGUGCCUCCGCGGCAUCCGCGCUGGCGGCGGCGAACGUCGUGCACGCCGCCUUUCGGGCGACGUGGUUCGAUACGACCCGAGGUGGGGCGUGACCCUCGGGUGGUUCGGCGUCGGCGGCGUGGUGUCGGGCGACGGUAAUCCCAACCACAUGGCCCACCACCACCACCACCACCACACCGGGGGCGCGUGCAGCCCCCCGGGGAGCAACGCGCUCGCCUCCGUCGGCGUCGGCGGCGUCGGCGGCUACAGCCUCGCCAAGGAUGCGCUGAGGCUCUUUGGCGGCCACGCGACUCUGGACGAGGAGGGCGAGGAGGAGGUCGAGUCCGCGCCGCCCCCGCACCUCGUGCACCUUCAGCAGCAGUACCACCAGACGGCGUUCAGCAUGGCCGUGUAUCAUCACCUUCAGCGAGCGUCCGCCGCGGCGUUGGCGGCGUGAGAGCGCGUCGCGUACCCGGCGACGACGAAACGUGUACCUUUACUUUUCGCAGCAAGACGGCAAGACGAUAAUACUAAUACGCAACCGCAGCGGCUGGCCACGUGAGAUGUCACAUUGUUGUACCAUCACGAAUAGGGGCUAUUAUAGACGAUAUCCUAGCCCAGUAAGUGAGACGACCACGGUUGGGCCAGCCACAACUAGUUCUUUUUAUAUCCUUUGUAACAGCAAGACUGAGUUUAAGACG